AUGAUGAACUUUGAAGUCAGCACGACAAAGCGUAAGUUUUUUUUUUCAUUUGGAUAACCAAAUGAAUUUUUAAGAGAUUGGCGUCGGUUUAACAGCUUUUGGAGUGUUUUUCAUCUUCCUCGGCAUUGUUCUGUUCCUCGAUUCAGCCUUGUUGGCUAUUGGUAAUGUUCGUAAUUAUAAUUAAAUAAAAACAUUUCAAAUGAAUGAUUUCAGUUGCUUUUCAUCGUUGGUAUCACUUUUGUGAUAGGCGUUCAGAGAACUCUUGUAUUUUUCUUUGAGUUCCGCAAAUUGAAAGGCAGUGUCCUUUUCUUCGGAGGUUUGUGAACCAUUUAUUUUUUAUUUUUCAACAAUUUUGUUCAGGUAUUUUUGUCGUGCUGCUUGGCUGGCCUUUGUUUGGAAUCAUCGCCGAAAUUUGGGGCUUCAUCCUGUUGUUCGGGUAUUUUUUUAACAUAUUAUAGAAAAUUAAAAGUUUGUUUCAGCGGUUUCCUCCCGGGAAUUGUCAAUUUGUUGCGAAGUAUUCCUGGAGUGAAUGCCAUCACUUACCUGCCUGGAAUACGACAGGUUAGAUAUAAAAAUUUAUAGUUUAUAUGUUCAUUUGCAUCAUCGAAGAUUAUCCUCAAAUCAAAGUUUGAGAAAAAAAGUUUUAUGGAGGAGUAUAUAAUGAUUUAAGUGCUAUAAUGGCAAAAAAAUACUUACGUUUUGAACCGAAAUUUAAAAAGAAUUGAACUUCUAAAAAAAUAAAAAAACUUUGAAAAAAAGACGGCAACUAAUGAAUGUAUUCUAUCAAGGGUCCCGUUUUUUUCAUAUAAGCCUUGUGAUUUAAUUACAUUUUCUAAUGUUUCAAAAAUUUUUUUUAUUUCAAAUCGAAUUGAUGUUAAUAUGAUUUAAAAAAAGACGAGACGAUAGUAAAAAGAAACAGAAUUUCUAAAAACUCUAAAAACUGUAAAGUUAUAGCAAUACGAAAAAUAAAAAAACGGUUGAGGCACGAUUUUUUUGGAAAUUCAAUUUAUCGGAAAAAAACUUUCAAAUUUUGAAUUAUUUUGUUCAAUUUUUCUUAGCUGAAGUUUCAAAAGGGAUUUCCAAUCCUAUUAUUUCAAAGAAGUGAGGAUUCGAACUCUCUUUUUAAACUUAUUUUUCGCGUCAAAAUACUUUUUUUUUAUCCAUUUUCCCCUAAGCUUCGCUCGAUUACAAAAAAAGCGUUUUUUGGAGGUUUUGAGAUGAUUUUUUUUCCAAGAGCGGUUCUACUUUAAGAAAGGCCAGUUAAAUUUGGAUAAUUUUGAAAAAUCGCUCAAAAACGUUAGAAUUCUCAAAUAAACGUUGUAACCUAAUAACUCAAAUAAAUACAGCUUCAGCUUUUUAAAAUAGAUUUUUUCGUCUUUCUGUUUUGAGUUUUUUGAUGAAUUUCAUGGAAAAGUUAGAAUUAAAAUCAAAAUGAAAACUCUUCUUAUAAAAUGGCGGAAACUGAAAUCAAAGAGACUUUUUUCUAGGUCUGUGAAUAUUUAGAUCCUCGACCGUCUGGCGCCUGAAUCCAAGUACCCGGUAUAA